UUCUGCUUGGGGUUUCUGUAGCUUAGCCCGAAUGUGCCUCCAAAUAUGUGACAAAUGUGAGGUUCACCACAUUUAGGACACUCUCCUUACUUGAGCUGCAGUGACCAGCUGAGUAUGGCGGAAUAUCAGUUCCUGUUGGACCUGAACAUCUUGGCGGAAAAGGACUGUUACCGUUUCUGCUGCUCUUGUUGUUAUUGUAGCUAGCGUUAGCGUUAGCUAAUUAGCUAAGCAAUCGCUCACAGCAUAACCGAUGUUGAUUCAUUGCUGCGGGGCAGUGAACCGCAACAAGAAGGUAACUCCGGAGCAAGUUUCAGACAUCAACAACAGACCUUAGCAAUGUUUAUGAUACACCUUUAAGUCAUUAUGUAAUUUACUUUUGCCAGUCUUUUAGGUACAGUUGCAGUGCACGAUAUGUCAACGGUAUUUGACAGAUUGAACGGUUAAGUUACGGCUGCAUGCUUUUGAAAAAAUCAUGGAUUGAAAUGAUAUUACCAGCUAAGGUCAGCUAACCCCUAACGCUGCCAGCAGCUAGUGCUGUCUGCACGUUUCGAGAUGGAGCAGCAGAUAGCAGCCAGUGACAUGGCUCUAAUUUUUCACAGCACAUCCGUCUGAGUUGUAAAGCCAGUGAAAGAGAAAUCAUGUCUUGCAAAGCGGCAACCAAGGACAAGAAGUCGAGCUUCAGCAAGAAGCUGUUCCGGCGAGGCUCGGUGCGCUCUGUGGGCAGCUUCAUGGGCAGAUUCAUCAGGACUCUCACCGCCUUAUCACACUUUGGAUCUGAAGUGCAAGCUGAAGAUGACAAAGAUGACGGGGGGUUCUCCACUUUUAAAGUUGGAUGUAAGGAUGUGCCCAUGGAAGAUGGUGACCUCGCGGGUUUGUUGUGUGGAGACAGAGUUCCUGGAGUGUCAGGUCUGAAAAACCACGGGAAUACCUGCUUCAUGAAUGCCAUCCUGCAGUGUCUCAGCAACACUGAACUCUUUGCCGAGUACCUGGUUCUGGAGCACUACAAAGGCGAUGAUCAAGAGGAGGACAAACCAAAGACAAAUGGCUUACUUCUGCCCAAGAAGGGUCGCCUGGCCAAAGGAGAGGUGACGGAGCAGCUGUCAGGACUCAUGCGGGCUCUGUGGACCUUUGAAUACACCCCGCAGCAUAGCAGGGAUUUCAAGAAUGCUGUGUCGAAAAAUGCCAUCCAGUUUAAGGGGAAUUCUCAGCACGAUGCCCAGGAGUUCCUGCUGUGGCUGCUGGACAGAGUGCACGAGGACCUAAACACAGUGAACCCUAACAUCAGGCCUGCUAUUAAGCCACCUAUAGAAGAAGACGAUGAAAGCUUGGAGGGGCCCUCUCCUCCCCUGUCUGCUGGGUCCUUUGUGCAAGAACUGUUUCAGGCUCAGUACAGAUCAUCCUUAACUUGCCCACAUUGCCAAAAGCAGAGCAAUACGUUUGAUCCCUUCCUCUGCAUCUCCUUACCGAUCCCGCUGCCCCACACACGGCCCUUGUAUGUGACGGUGGUGUACCAGGGGAAGUACUCUCACUGCAUGAGGAUCGGAGUCGCCGUUCCCCUCAACAGCACGGUGUACCGCCUCAGAGAGGCUGUGUCACGUGAGACCAAGAUCCCCAUGGACCAGUUUGUUUUGACUGAAAUGUACUAUGACGGUUUUCAUCGUUCGUUUUGUGAUGACGACGAUGAUCUCGACAUCAUUCAAGAGAGCGAUUCAAUAUUUGCCUUUGAGACACCCGAGACCUUCAAACUGGAAAACAUACGCACAAAAAGAGGAAGUCUUCUGGCAAACCUGAAUCAUAAUAACCUAAAGUAUGGGACAGAAAUGAGCAGGACUCCGUCGUUCAUGCAAGGAGCCAUGACACCUUUAACUGCAUCACCAAAUAAAAACCUGGGGCCAGAGAAAAUAAUCCUCAUGGUGUGUAACAGGGCGUGUACGGGACACCAAGGAAAGAGGUUCGGACUGCCUUUUGUACUGUACAUGGAGCGCACUGUGACCUGGGACACUCUACAGAAAGAGAUCCUGGAGAAAAUGAGACAUCUUCUGAGGCCUGGUGUCUUCAUCCAGGUCGGACCUUUCAGUCUCCGGGUGGUUGGCGUUGUCGGCAUCACUUACCUCCUUCCUCAAGAUGAGCGACCACUGUGUCACCCCACUGUGGAAAGAGCAUACAAGUCCUGUGGACAAGGGGGGCCCCCACAUGUGAAGAUUGUGGUAGAGUGGGACAAAGAGACCAAGGACUAUCUGUUCGGACACACAGAGGAGGAGUAUAUCCCUGAUGCUGAGAGUGUGUAUCUGCACCGGGAACAGCACCAUCAGCCGCAGGCCUGCAGCCUCGCUCAAUGCCUACAGCUCUACACCAAGGAGGAGCAGCUCGCCCCAGAUGAUGCCUGGCGCUGUCCCCACUGCAAGCAGCUGCAGCAGGGUCGCAUUAAGCUCAGCCUGUGGACGCUGCCGGAUGUGCUCAUACUGCAUCUCAAGAGGUUCAGACAGGAGGGGGACCGGCGGGUGAAGAUGCAGAACAUGGUGAAGUUCCCGCUCAUGGGCAUGGACAUGGCACCUCACGUGGUGAAGAGGAGCCAGAGCAGCUGGAGUUUACCUUCCCAUUGGUCACCAUGGAGACGCCCAUAUGGCCUGGGCAGAAACCCCGAUGACUACCUGUACGACCUGUACGCUGUGUGCAACCACCACGGGAACAUGCAUGGAGGCCACUACACAGCGCACUGUAAGAACUCCGUUGAUGGUCAGUGGUACUGCUUUGAUGACAGCGAGGUUUCCCCAGUACCUGAUGAUGACGUGUGUCAGCAGACGGCCUACAUACUGUUCUACCAGCGGAGGACUGUCAUUCCAUCCUGGUCGGCCAACAGCUCUGUUGCUGGCUCCACCAGCUCCUCCCUGUGUGAUCACUGGAUCAACAGGUUACCUGGCAGUCGGCCGGCAAGCCUGGCCUCCGGAGCCUCGUCCAGACGCACCUCUCUGGCAUCACUGGCUGAGUCUGUGGAAUUCCCCGUGGAACGCAAUGAAGAUGAUGGGGGAUUCUCUGUCCGCCCCUUUGUGCGGAGCAUUCAGCGUCAGAGCCUGUCCUCCAGGUCUUCCAUCGCUAGCCCUUUAGCCUUCAGCGAUAGCGGGGUGAAGCCUUCCUGGUCUCUGGCUGCGAAGCUGCAAAUGAGAUCCAGCUCGCCCUCCCGUUUCUCUCUCGACUCGCGAUGUUCCCCCCCUCUAGAGAGGAUCGGAGAGGCGUGUGAUGACAAAGUCUCCACGUCCUGUUUUGGCAGCUACAGCAGACACGAGCGCUACUUCGGCAGCAGGACUCCCCUUUCUAUGAUGGAGAGCAACUUCACCGACCAGGACAACAACAAGAGGUUCAUCGACAUGAUGUACUGCAGGGCUCCCACUCCAGUGGAGAAGAAGAGCACCAAAAGCGAAGCAACUGAAAACAACAACCAGAUUUCAGCUAUAGACCAAAACAUUCUUCCCGCCCAAGCUACUCCCUCCAAAGAGCAGAAACGUAAGAGCAGUAUCGGGGGAUUCACCUCAAAGGCAGAAAACACCGGCUCCAUGAAGACUUCCAGCAAAGUGGAGCAAGAGAAAACCUCCAAGAAGCGUUUGUGCUCAACCAAUAAGACCACCGCCGCUGAGACGUCUUCCAGCACUCCUGUGAAAGGCAAAAAGGCAAGCAAUACUAAAGAAAAGAGUGUAAGCGCCAAGAAAAGCACCUCGACGCCCUGUGGGACUCCCUCCAAAACGAAGGUGGCGACUCAACCUCUCACACCACAGCGUAAGCCAUCAGUCCGCUCCACGCCUCAGUCGUCCGCUUCUCCCUCUCCAACUGCAAUGAAGAAUUCCGCCCUCACAGAGAGCAGCUCCAUGUGUAGCCGGAAAAGGCUGGUAGAGAGGAGCUUCAGCAGGGAUUCAAUGCACACCAGUCCUCUGGUGGACAGUCUCCGAGACAGCCUGGCAAGCCGCUCCUCGUUCUCUAAGAGUGGGGAAAGCAAUCGGCCCGAGAGGAAAUCUGUGCGGAGUUCCAGCAGCAGCUCUUCCGUCACCAGCCUGCGCUCGCCCAGCGUAUCCGCCAGAGACCUGCAGCGCGGUAGCAAAUCCGAGGAAAAAGGCCUGUCGUUCUUAAGGAGCGCCCUCCGACAAAGGGAAAGCCGCCGGUCGGCUGAUUUGGGGAAAAGCACCCUGCUCGCUAAGAAGGCCUCAGAGAGAACGUGCAAGCAGAACGGACAAGCUAAGGACGGCGGCGGUGACGCGGGAAAGACGGGCGGCGCUAAGUCUCCACAGACGCCUACAGAGAAUAAGGGAGGUGAGAAAAAGUCAGAAACAAAAGAGUCUUCCAGGCCCCCCAGCUCUCUCAGUCGCUCUCUAUUGAACGUUGGCAAGUCCAAGUCUUCCACUUCUGAAAUAAGUCUCAAGUCUCCCUCUAACGGAAAGAAACCUCUGGAAAGGAUGGCAUCUUCCCGCAAGCUGUCGUCAAGCAUGCAAUCUCCUGCACGUACAACAAAGAGGCCUCAAUGAUACAUCCGUAGUUUUAAAAUGAACACGAUGCAGCUAUUUUCUUUGUGCCUGAGUUAAACUGAGCACUGCGUGUAUUUGUUAAGAGACACUUUUCUGAUGUUAUUGCUCCUGCACUCUGGCAUCAGAUACUGGCUUUGAGGUUUGAGUAUCGGCAGUCAGCUGUAAGGAAAAAAAGAAAGCACUGUACAUCAUCUGCAUGCCACCAGUUCUCGUUUUAAGGCAGUGUACAUCCACUUUUUGUUAGGGUUGUGAUGCGAGUGAGACAAUCUGCCAGAUGUUUUCUGGCUCGGCAGGUACAUGAGCAUGCCAUUCAGCUGUACAGCACUACCUGUGUGAUUGUACUGGAGGCUUAUGACAGCUGUCUUUUGGAACGUUGAAAUCCAAUUAUAUUCCCUUCAGACCAAAACAUAUUUUUGAAACACUGCAAACAUUACGUUUAGUUUGCUUGCAAAAAAUCCUGCCGACAAAGUUCAAAAUGUUUCGCCUUGUAUGCACCAACGUUGCAUAUGUUGUCCUGUAGAGUAACGUCCUUUAGAUUCAGAUGGAAACAUGACGGCUGUUGAUGCUUAAACCUCAUCCGCUCUGAUUUCUAAGCAUUUAAUACAGAAGAAUAACAUCAGAAAUCACCUCUGGACAAAAAAGAGUGAUGCUCUCUCACACACACACACACACACACACAAAGGUUUCAUUCCCAAAUAAUAGUGAAUAAGCAUUUCCAGUAAUUCUUAUUAAUUGUGUUAAGCUGAUGAAAGCUAACAAAAGGAAAAAGAAUGUUGGUACUAAUAAGUAAUUCCACGUUCCAUGAUAGAAAAUAACUCAAAACUUUUUACAUUAUGAACCGUGAAAUGAUCUAUGAAUUCAGAGGUGAUGGCAGGCCCCGGACCACACAUGGAAAAAAGAUGUAAGAUUGAGAAAAGGUACAAACUUUCAAAACAAGUCUUCCAAUAUUUUGAAACUUUAUUUUUCUUUAAUACUUUUUCUGAUAGAAAUGUAUUUUAUCAAACGUAUCGGAGUUAACUCCUCAAAGGGACGGCGUGUUUUGGAAUGAAACCCUUUAAAAAGUAUAUAAAUGUACAGCUAUUGAUAAAGUAUAUAGUAUAUAAUAACCCGUUUCUUCCCUUUCCAUGAGCAAGAUAAAUAAGCGCCUUUCAAAUAUGUACAUGGAAACAAGUGUAGCCAUGGCAACAUAGCAGUCUACUGUAUGCAUCACUGAGUAGGAAUGUUGUAUUGUUCGCACUUUGUAUAGAAAGGUAGUUUCCUUUUACUUAAUACAGUUCUAUACACACACAAACACACACACUCUCUUAAUGUACUUAGGGUUUGAAUAUGUUCGUAUGAUUUUUAAGACAUAUCGUAACGUAGUGUUGAAUGGUGAAGGUUCAUUCAUCUCGAUGUUCAGGGGUCACUUUACUCCACCCGGUGCUGUAGCAGACCAAUGCUCCUCUGGCUCUGAUGUUUCUUAAAGAGCAUCUUUUAAAAAAAAAAAUGCUAAUGUUUAGAACUGUGACAACACACACUACAGUGAGCCAGAAACCUGUGGCAGCACUUAUCAUAACCUGUGGUACCUCAUUGGAGAAUGUCCUAUUUUUCUUCACCAGAAUAUCCAUAAUGAGCAAUUUCAUUUCUAUUGGCGCUGAGAGGUUCAAAUACAUAUAUUUAGGUGGAAUUCUCUCAACUAUCAGACACUGCAUGGUACAUUUCUAUUGCAGUACAAGUGAUUGAAACAGCAGCUGCCAUGAUGCUUUUGAACUCUCAUAGCAGCAUUACCCAACAUGCAAACGCAAUAUCCAUACAUUAGACACCAGCAUAGUGUAUGUUUUAAACAAGUGAAUGUGGUUAUGCCAUUAAAAUCCAACCAUUAGUAAGUUAUACUUUGAACAUUUAAGAGUUUACCUAUAGAUCUACAUAUUUCUCUCAACUUUUCUCUGUAGCACCUAAAAGGUUUACAUUGGUUCUCAGAUGGUUUCAGAGGGAAUACCUCUCAGUUUGAAUAGGCAUGUAUGUUAUUUAAAUGGCCCGGUGAAAAGCAGUAGCCUUGAUGAGACUGCCUCUAAAAUGUUGGGACAUUAAUAUUGGUCAGGGGUUAGAGUUUGAGAGCAUUGUUUUUUGGAUUUCUCAUGAUAUCAGAAUUAGCUGUAAAUUAACCCUAAUGCAAGUUGAACACUACAAAACUAGCAACAACUCAAAACACAAUCAAAGCACAUUUGGCAGAUGUAAUAGCUUUAUAUAUGACAUUUUACCUAAAAAUAUCCCCAUCAUUAUUGAAUUUGAUCUGUUCAGAAUACUAUCUGGUCCUUAGAAACACAAAUACUACUGUGUUCAAACUGUCCUGGGCCAUGGAGGUGACAUACUGCUGAUCACUGUGCUGGACUUCCUGUAGCUGCUCUUUUCUACUUAACAUUGUAAUCUAUCAGGAACCUGUGCAUGGCACUUUGGAUCAAAGCAGGACACUUUAACGUCAUUCUGGCUUUCACCGUUUUGUUUGCCUGUUUUAAAGUCUGUAAUUAAGUAUGGUGCAUUAUUAGAGCUGGAUCAUUACACUUUGUCCUUUCCGUCACUCGACAGUCAUACUGUAUAUUGCUUGUAAUAUUUAAAUAGGGGCCCGACCAAACUAUACCUAAUUGCUGCAGCCUGUUCCCUUGGUUUCCCACCUAUCUUUGUUCGAGGGAACAAUCCCAUGUCCACAGUAUCACUUGGGUCCGUUAUGUCACAGGAACUAUUUGUCAUAAAGUCACACAUGAAAUGUUGUUAUGAGUUGCUUCCAAUCCAGAAAAAAACAGCUUUUUGUUGCUGUGGUUUUAUUUUACUCGUAGUAGUAGAGCAAUAAUCCGAUAAUCAUCAUUCAGACUAAGAACAGUUUGAUUUACCAAAUGAUGUAACAUGGCUGACUCUCAAGAGCUCAAAAAGCCAUUGAAGACCCAGACAAGUACUGCACAUCACCCGAGUUAUUUAAGUAUCUCAAAUCAAUCUAAACACGUGCUGAAACAAGACUCGACAUCUUUACCGAGCUGAUUUUCAUCUCAUAUUCCCUGCUGCAGAUAUUGUGUUUCUUCAAUUUGUUGUCAAUGUACAGAGUUGCGAAACAUAAAGGAAUGCAGUAUUGCAUGAAAACACUAAUGCAUGUAUUUCAUUAACUAUGCAAGAGUCUGCAGCUGUGUAAAGUAGAGCGCAGAGCAUGGCCGGUAUAUUCCAUCGCUUUAUUUGCACACCAUUCCAAUAUUUAGAAAUUGUAAAUGACAGAAUAUCUCAUCUGUACAGUUUUUAAAAAGAUUCCACAUCUAUAUAAUGCCAUCAUUUCUUUACCCAUUUUAAUGUUUAUAUAUUUUUACGCAGUAUUUUAUUUUGUAAUUCUGCUGAUCUGUGCUCUCUGGGUGCUCCUACCGAGCGGGUAGCUUACGGUCUUUUUUUAUGUUGACAAGAUGUAAAAUAAUUACUGUUGUACACCAGCAGAGACAACACUAUGGAUGCGAUGAUCAAUAUGUGGUGACUAACUAGCCUCAUGUAUGUAUGUAUUGUGAAAUAGCCUUCCAUUGAUUCAGCGAUAACAGUGUAUGAACCCCUGUCCAAAUGUUGUCAGCUGCAUCAAAGAUGUGGCCAGUCUCUAAUAUAAAUGCAACUCAAAUAUAUAUAUAUAGCUAAAUGCAAUAAAGAUAGUACAUUUGUAGUUUUAUAUUGCAGUAUGUUAUGAACAAUGACAUUAACAUGUUCAGUUAAUACUUUUUAUAGUAUUAAUGUCACGUCAAUCAUUGCAAUCAUGAGGUGAUUUAUUAUUUUUGUGUUUAAAACAAGCAGUUUAUCAGCAAAUAAACCAGAUCUGAACAUGCAUUAAAGCAGCGCCACUAUUAUUUCUGAUGUUGAAAUACAUAAAGCAGAAGUUAAGUAAGAUUCCUGCAUUGAGUUAUGUAAAAAGUUCCACUUAGGGACAUUUUAUGCUACAUUUUUGUGUAAUUUUACCGCUGAAUCAGUCGCAAUAACCACUCAAACUGAAAUACCGACAUCCUUCAAUUGAGCCACAGAUUCAGAUUCUGCGAAUACUGUAGGACGACAGCAAUGCUGUCUCUUCCUUAGUAUUAAAGCCCUCAGAAUAACUUAUAUUGUUUUAUCUGCUUUAUUUUUAGGUCAGAUAAAUGACGGUUGUAAACUCUACAGACAUAUAAUACUGAACGUUUUCAGAAGCCUUAAGCAGAGCAAAUUGUAAUCGACAGUUUGUGUUUUCUUGGGAUGAAACCAAGGAGCUGUGUACUGAAUGAAUGUCUAAUUUUAACCUUUUUUAAGCUAACAAAGAACACUUGUGCUGAAUGCAUCGCACAUCUCCCCUCGACAUUUGUCCUUAAUUAUGAUUUUUUCAAUGUAUCAUAAAACAUUACAUUUUUUAUAUGUAUUCAUGCUGUUUGCUGUAGUUCUUGUUGUACCACAAUCAUGACUCUUUUGCCUCUGUAUUUUUCUUAUUUCUUGUUGUAUUUUUUAAGAAAAUUGUUUUGACAUUCAGUAGUUCAUUAGACUGUGUCUUCCAUGUUAAUUUAUUUCUCUUUUGUUAUCAUGUAUGCACUUUUAAUGUUUUUUUUAAUUAUUUCUCCAAAAGGACAAAUGUGUAUAUACAUUGUUGGUUUACCCAUGCAAGUACAAAAUGAAAAAUCGAAAUAAAAAUGUCAACAGUU